AUGACUUAUCAGCUGAGUGCUUCCUACUGUGCUAGAUACAACGAGUCCAAGCCGCCAUUACCUUACUUUCCUGGGCAAGAGUUUUGCAUCCACCCUCAUACUCCUCCUGCUCCCACAACUGGUGAGGUCAUACUAUCUUAUGAGGACCAUCGGGAAAGAGAAAGUAUGCAUCCUGUGGAUCGUUGCAUACUUCACCCUCCAUUGCCUGGAUUGACCGGAAAGGGCACUAUUCGACUAAAGAUUGUUGAACCUGUCAGAAUAGGAGAUCAACACAGUGCUCAACUUGUUACUGUCCACAUGGUUGAUAAGACUCCAGAUAUAUCAGACUUGAUACCAACUGAUAAGUAUCUAGUCGCUAAGUUCUAUGACCCUCUUUACUUUGAUCAUGAGCAAGAUGAUGCGGAUCCUUUUCGCUAUACAGAUCUAGCAUACUCUCAUGAAACCACAGCCUACCAACUGCUUUAUCCACUUCAAGGAACUAUCAUUCCAAGAUAUUAUGGGUCCUUUACUCUUGAACUGCCAAUUCCAAAUAAAAGUUGUUCACGAUCUAUCCGGUUAAUCCUUAUUGAAAAAGUACCUGGGAUCUCGAUGCAAUAUCUCAAUCCAACCUACUAUCCACAGUCAGAACGUCAAAAUAUUUUGAAGGCAAUCAUUGAUGCAGAAUCUUUACUGUAUACUCAUAAUAUAAUACAUAAAGAUAUGCACCCAAGGAAUGUUCUUGUGCUGGAUAGGGAUAGCGCGGAUCGGCAUGUGGUACUCAUUGACUUUGGAUAUUGUGGGAUUGGUCGAACUCCUUCAAACAGUUCUCCUGAGUGGAAAGCCAAACACCUUCCUGGUGUUCCCAUAUCUCCAUUGCUGCGCUGGGCUCAGGGCUGGGACCGUCAUGCGAAUUUUCAUGAAUGGAUUGACUGGGACUGGCAAACCUGGCUUGACCACUGUUAUGAAUUCACGAAAGCUUCCAUAACGGAACACAUGCGGUCUGUUUGGCUUCCAAAAACACCAUCCACAUUACCGCCUCCACGUCCUCUCGCAUAUCCAAUCCCGUUCCCCAGCUCCUAGAAUUCCGACGUGCCUUUUUUUUUAUCGACUAAAACAAGAAGAACAAUUGUUAUAAGCAGAUGGCCGUGGUUUGGUUGGACUUGAAUAUCGAUGCAUGCGCUCUGCCCAACUUUCUAUGGUCUAUGUGAUAUC